AACAUUCAAAUGGACAUCGACAGACAAAAAGAACAGAUGGACGAAACGCAAAAUGCUAUAAUCAUGGAAAAUAAUGAACUGGAAGAGAAGCUUGCUGGCAUGCAAAACAAACGGAGGAGUUGGAAGCCAUCAUUGAAAUGACAAAGCAGGAGAAGGAGGAUGUGAUGAGGAUAAAGGCUGAAAUAGAGGAACAGAAAGAUCAAAUGGAAGACAAUCUGAUGGAAACUCUCAAACAUGACAGAGAAGAACUUGAACGUCUAAAACAUAACAUACAAAUUGAAAAGGCGGACCUCGAAAAAUUACAAUUGGCAAUGAAAGGUCGGGAUGAGUUGGAAUUACAAGUGUCUGAAAUGCAAACCCAAAGAGAGGGAAUAGAAAAAGACAAACAAAAGAUACAAGAUGAGAAGGAUGAGGUGGAACAGAUCAAGAUGGAGUUACGGAGAAGGUCAGAGAAUCUAGACAAAAUAAUGGAGGAGACCAAGACAGAAAAGGAGAAUCUUGACAACAUGGCUGUCCAAAUCCAGAAGGAGAAAGAGGUAAUUAAAAGUGUUGUUGAGGAUAUCAAGACAAAGAAGACUGAUAUGGAAUUGAUGAAAGCUGAGAUUGAGACAGAGAAACAAGAGACAGAAAACAUGAAGGAUGUGAUAUCAAGCGAGAAACGUUAUUUGGAGCAAAUGAAGAUUGAGAUGGAAAAAACCAAGGACAAGAUAGCAAUCGAUGUUGGUGAUUUGGAACAGAAAAAGGCUGAGAUUGAGAGAGAAAGAGAUGAAGCAGACAAGAAGAUGGUUGAAUUGAAAGAGGAAGAGCAAAGUAUGAAGGAGGAUAUUAAGAAGACGAAAGACAACCUAGAGCAGAUCAAUGCUGAAAUACAAUUACAGCGAGAGGACAUUGCAACCCGAAUGGAGGAGCUAAAUGUCAAAAAAAGCAGAGUUGGAAAACAUUCAAAUGGACAUCGACAGACAAAAAGAACAGAUAGACGAAACGCAAAAUGCUAUAAUAUGGAAAAGAAUGAACUGGAAGAGAAGCUUGCUGGCAUGCAAAAACAAACGGAGGAGUUGGAAGCCAUCAUUGAAAUGACAAAGCGGGAGAAGGAGGAUGUGAUGAGGAUUAAGGCUGAAAUAGAGGAACAGAAAGAUCAAAUGGAAGACAAUCUGAUGGAAACUCUGAAACAUGACAGAGAAGAACUUGAACGUCUAAAACAUAACAUACAAAUUGAAAAGGCGGACCUCGAAAAAAAUACACAAUUGGCAAUGAAAGGUCGGGAUGAGUUGGAAUUACAUGUGUCUGAAAUGCAAACCCAAAGAGAGGGAAUAGAAAAAGACAAACAAAAGAUACAAGAUGAGAAGGAUGAGGUGGAACAGAUCAAGAUGGAGUUACGGAGAAGGUCAGAGAAUCUAGACAAAAUAAUGGAGGAGACCAAGACAGAAAAGGAGAAUCUUGACAACAUGGCUGUCCAAAUCCAGAAGGAGAAAGAGGUAAUUGAAAGUGUUGUUGAGGAUAUCAAGACAAAGAAGACUGAUAUGGAAUUGAUGAAAGCUGAGAUUGAGACAGAGAAACAAGAGACAGAAAACAUGAAGGAUGUGAUAUCAAGCGAGAAACGUUAUUUGGAGCAAAUGAAGAUUGAGAUGGAAAAAACCAAGGACAAGAUAGCAAUCGAUGUUGGUGAUUUGGAACAGAAAAAGGCUGAGAUUGAGAGAGAAAGAGAUGAAGCAGACAAGAAGAUGGUUGAAUUGAAAGAGGAAGAGCAAAGUAUGAAGGAGGAUAUUAAGAAGACGAAAGACAACCUAGAGCAGAUCAAUGCUGAAAUACAAUUACAGCGAGAGGACAUUGCAACCCAAAUGGAGGAGCUAAAUGUCAAAAAAGCAGAGUUGGAAAACAUUCAAAUGGACAUCGACAGACAAAAAGAACAGAUGGACGAAACGCAAAAUGCUAUAAUCAUGGAAAAGAAUGAACUGGAAGAGAAGCUUGCUGGCAUGCAAAAACAAACGGAGGAGUUGGAAGCCAUCAUUGAAAUGACAAAGCGGGAGAAGGAGGAUGUGAUGAGGAUAAAGGCUGAAAUAGAGGAACAGAAAGAUCAAAUGGAAGACAAUCUGAUGGAUACUCUGAAACAUGACAGAGAAGAACUUGAACGUCUAAAACAUAACAUACAAAUUGAAAAGGCGGACCUCGAAAAAAAUACACAAUUGGCAAUGAAAGGUCGGGAUGAGUUGGAAUUACAAGUGUCUGAAAUGCAAACCCAAAGAGAGGGAAUAGAAAAAGACAAACAAAAGAUACAAGAUGAGAAGGAUGAGGUGGAACAGAUCAAGAUGGAGUUACGGAGAAGGUCAGAGAAUCUAGACAAAAUAAUGGAGGAGACCCAGACAGAAAAGGAGAAUCUUGACAACAUGGCUGUCCAAAUCCAGAAGGAGAAAGAGGUAAUUGAAAGUGUUGUUGAGGAUAUCAAGACAAAAAAGACUGAUAUGGAAUUGAUGAAAGCUGAGAUUGAGACAGAGAAACAAGAGACAGAAAACAUGAAGGAUGUGAUAUCAAGCGAGAAACAUUAUUUGGAGCAAAUGAAGAUAGAGAUGGAAAAAACCAAGGACAAGAUAGCAAUCGAUGUUGGUGAUUUGGAACAGAAAAAGGCUGAGAUUGAGAGAGAAAGAGAUGAAGCAGACAAGAAGAUGGUUGAAUUGAAAGAGGAAGAGCAAAGUAUGAAGGAGGAUAUUAAGAAGACGAAAGACAACCUAGAGCAGAUCAAUGCUGAAAUACAAUUACAGCGAGAGGACAUUGCAACCCAAAUGGAGGAGCUAAAUGUCAAAAAAGCAGAGUUGGAAAACAUUCAAAUGGACAUCGACAGACAAAAAGAACAGAUGGACGAAACGCAAAAUGCUAUAAUCAUGGAAAAUAAUGAACUGGAAGAGAAGCUUGCUGGCAUGCAAAAACAAACGGAGGAGUUGGAAGCCAUCAUUGAAAUGACAAAGCAGGAGAAGGAGGAUGUGAUGAGGAUAAAGGCUGAAAUAGAGGAACAGAAAGAUCAAAUGGAAGACAAUCUGAUGGAAACUCUCAAACAUGACAGAGAAGAACUUGAACGUCUAAAACAUAACAUACAAAUUGAAAAGGCGGACCUCGAAAAAAUUACACAAUUGGCAAUGAAAGGUCGGGAUGAGUUGGAAUUACAAGUGUCUGAAAUGCAAACCCAAAGAGAGGGAAUAGAAAAAGACAAACAAAAGAUACAAGAUGAGAAGGAUGAGGUGGAACAGAUCAAGAUGGAGUUACGGAGAAGGUCAGAGAAUCUAGACAAAAUAAUGGAGGAGACCAAGACAGAAAAGGAGAAUCUUGACAACAUGGCUGUCCAAAUCCAGAAGGAGAAAGAGGUAAUUAAAAGUGUUGUUGAGGAUAUCAAGACAAAGAAGACUGAUAUGGAAUUGAUGAAAGCUGAGAUUGAGACAGAGAAACAAGAGACAGAAAACAUGAAGGAUGUGAUAUCAAGCGAGAAACGUUAUUUGGAGCAAAUGAAGAUUGAGAUGGAAAAACCAAGGACAAGAUAGCAAUCGAUGUUGGUGAUUUGGAACAGAAAAAGGCUGAGAUUGAGAGAGAAAGAGAUGAAGCAGACAAGAAGAUGGUUGAAUUGAAAGAGGAAGAGCAAAGUAUGAAGGAGGAUAUUAAGAAGACGAAAGACAACCUAGAGCAGAUCAAUGCUGAAAUACAAUUACAGCGAGAGGACAUUGCAACCCGAAUGGAGGAGCUAAAUGUCAAAAAAGCAGAGUUGGAAAACAUUCAAAUGGACAUCGACAGACAAAAAGAACAGAUAGACGAAACGCAAAAUGCUAUAAUCAUGGAAAAGAAUGAACUGGAAGAGAAGCUUGCUGGCAUGCAAAAACAAACGGAGGAGUUGGAAGCCAUCAUUGAAAUGACAAAGCGGGAGAAGGAGGAUGUGAUGAGGAUUAAGGCUGAAAUAGAGGAACAGAAAGAUCAAAUGGAAGACAAUCUGAUGGAAACUCUGAAACAUGA